AAAAUAGCAAUAGUAUGUUUACCACCUGCUUAAGUGUCCUUAUGUUUUUUUGUGCAUACUGAUAAUACCCUUUCUUUCUUUUUUUUGCAAUCUAGCUUUUCUUGCAGAGCCAGACAAGUGGCAUGGAGUCUGGGUGGGUGGAUCUUUUGAGACACCUACGUGGUUGUUUUGUUCUGAUACUAUUUAGGGAUCCCACAUUUCUCGUGGGCACCGGCAGCGUGUCUCUCCUCCUUUCUUUUUUUUUUCUUCUUUUUUUUUGUGUGUGUGUGAUAUGAUUCAGAGGCUGUAUCUGUUCUUGUCCUCCCUCCGGUACAGUCAGAGGCAGAGGCAGUCAGAAGCUUGUCUUGCUCGUCAGAUCGCUGGCUGCGCAGAGAGGGCCCGGCAGUGUCGGAAUAGGAUCGCUGUGUGUUGUCAUCGCACUGAUGUCAUUUAGAGCUCCAGUAUGUCUAAGCGGCGCUCGUCGGAGAGGGGGGCUGGAGAGACAUCAGGCAGGGCCAGCAAGCUGCAAUGUCCUGGGAUAUCCGGCAACAACGCCAAGAGGGCCGGGCCCUUCAUCCUUGGGCCUCGCCUGGGCAACUCACCAGUGCCCAGCAUAGUGCAGUGCCUGGCCAGAAAGGACGGCACCGAUGACUUCUAUCAGCUCAAAAUCCUGACGCUGGAGGAGCGAGUGGACUCUGCAGGGGAGACUCAGGAGGAGAGGCAGGGGAAGAUGCUGCUGCACACAGAGUACUCCCUCCUUUCUCUGCUGCACAACCAGGACGGGGUGGUCCACCACCAUGGCCUCUUUCAGGAUCGAGCCUAUGAAAUAGUGGAGGACAUGGAGGCCAACAAAGUGCGCAAGAUGAAGAAGCGGAUCUGCCUCGUGCUGGACUGCCUGUGUGCUCACGACUUCAGCGACAAGACAGCCGAUCUAAUAAACCUCCAGCAUUACGUCAUAAAGGAGAAGCGACUGAGCGAGCGGGAGGCCAUCGUCAUCUUCUACGAUGUGGUGCGCGUGGUGGAGGCCCUUCAUAAGAAAAACAUUGUGCACAGAGACCUCAAGCUGGGAAACAUGGUGCUGAACAAACGGACUCACCGAAUCACCAUCACCAACUUCUGCCUGGGAAAGCACCUGGUGAGCGAGGAUGACCUGCUGAAAGACCAGAGAGGAAGUCCGGCCUACAUCAGCCCUGAUGUAUUAAGUGGUCGGCCUUACCGUGGUAAACCCAGUGACAUGUGGGCUCUUGGCGUGGUCCUGUUCACCAUGCUUUAUGGCCAGUUUCCCUUUUAUGACAGCAUACCUCAAGAGCUCUUCCGCAAGAUCAAGGCUGCUGAGUACUCCAUCCCAGAGGACGGCCGUGUGUCUGAGAACACAGUGUGCCUAAUCCGAAAGCUGCUGGUGCUGGACCCUCAGCAGAGGCUUACUGCAGGAGAGGUACUGGAGUCUCUCAGUGUCAUCAUUGCCUCAUGGCAGUCUGUUUCAUCGCUGAGUGGGCCCCUGCAGGUAGUGCCGGAUAUUGACGACCAGGUCAAUCACCCAGAACAUCUGCAAGAGGCCAAGGCGAUAGAAGAGUCUUCACAGUACGAGUUCGAGAACUACAUGCGCCAGCAGCUGCUGUUGGCAGAAGAGAAAAACACUAUCCACGAGACCAAGAGCUUUCUCACCAAGCGCCAGUUUGGCAGCAUCCCACCUGUAAGGCGCCUGGGCCACGAUGCCCAGCCCGUCAGCCCUCUAGAUGCUGCCAUCCUGGCACAACGUUUCCUCCGGAAGUAGUUCCCCCAACCACCCAUCUCAGCCUCUCUGACCUCCCCAGGGACUGCAGAGUCCAGUGGAGUCCAGAGAGGACUGGGGGAGGAUAAACCCUAAAACUGACCUCCAUACAGGAGGCCCAGCCCGAACCAGGGUACAGAGGGCCCCAUUCGUAGGUGGGCUUUGGGCAAGCUUGCUGGAGCCUGUGUGAGGAAAAGGGCACCUGAACAAACUGCCAAUGUAGAACUUUACUCCUCAUGUCUGGAUUCUCUAGUGAUGCAUGGAAAGCCCAGGAGGAAGAUCUGAACCAAAGGUUCCUUGCCCUCAGAUCUCACUGUGCAACCGACCUGAUGGCACAGUCACACGUGGGGCUGACACAAGGCUCUGCCUGGAGUGUUGAAGAGACAAUUAACCCCAUACUCGUCCUCCUCCUCUUGAAAUCUCCCUACUGUAACACUUUCCCCAUCAACUCUGGAUCCCCUGAGCAAUACAGGACCAGAAUCAUGUAGCAACCCCUUCUCUUCCUAGUGGUUAAUGGUAUUGCCUCAAGUCAGAUCAGCUGAUCACAGAUGUCACUUCUCUAUACCUCCAUUCCACCCUCCUCCUCCUCCUCACUCCUUCCUCUUCCUCUGUACUGUUCUCCUGUAUCAACAAUGAUCCUGACUGGUCCUGUCUGUUGACUUCAAAUCAAUCUACCUCUCUGUCUCUCUUCUCUGUUGGUAAACCAUGCUCACUGUUCUGAGACAAGGGAUUGUAACGAUGGAGUCUUGAUGCCACCAGUGACAUAAAGCAUUAAUGUUUUCUGUCAGAGUGAUAAUGCUUUGAAACCUCUUCAUUGGUUUCUAAAAAAUCUGAAUAAGCUUUUUAUCAUAUUUACCUUAAUAAGUAGCAUUUUAUCCCUACCUUUUUUUUCAAUUGAAGAUACUGAAUAUCAAAGUAUGUGUACGUGCAUCCUUUUGAUAUUCGCAGAAUGCAUUGUCCUCCUGCUUUUUGCUCAUCCCUGUGGAAAUCUAUUUUUAGCAUCUAGGCAGCUAGUGUGAGAUACCUGGAAGUCCCAAUGCCAAGAACUGAAUGGGGCAAAAACUGUUGGAUCCUCCCUGCCAAGGCAUAUUGAUGGUAACGCUUCCUCAGUGCCAUUAUAGUGAAGAUCAGGCAUGUUUCUAUUGCCAAAAAUCAUGUCUUAAAAUUACUCUUAGCCAAGGAAACUGGUACCCAUGGCCUCAUUCAGAAUCAAAAGGCUUCCAGGUAUUUCAACUUCCCUGUUUCUCUUUAUCAAGACAGAUCAUGGGACAAUAUAUCUUUUUUUUUUUUUCAGUAUGAAUGUGAACUGUCAUUCUACGCUUUGAUAUGUCUGCAGUAUCCAUGAGUGUGUACGUACGUGCGUGUGUGUGUUUCGGGCCAGGCAAAAUCAGUCUGCAGAGCUGUCGAGCUGUUAACCUCUGACAGUCACAGACCCUGUAAGCUAUCCUCCAAUCAUUGUGUUCUGUUAUCUGGCCUGCCUCGGUGGCAGACACUGUGAAAACCAGAGCAGGCUUUGCUAAGACGGGGCUUGACUGAAUGUUUUAGCAAUUGUCAUGAUUGCAGUGAGUGCUUUCUUUUAGGAUUUGGAAAAUAUCACAUAUCUAUUGCCAUUCUCAAGCCCCCUCUCUCUCGAGCUGAACUUGUACAUGCUUGUAUUAUCUCACCAUGUUGAUUCUCUGUACAGAGAAACUAGCUGGUGGCUGGUAAUCGAAACUAAUAUUUCAUAGAGAAAUGAAAAUACAGGCUCAUAGGUUUUAAGUUUAGUUUCUGGGUCCUCUUGGCUAUUGAUGUGUUCUUCUCUUUUAUCAAAGGGUUUCUUUUAAACCACGGCAAAGCUACUAACCAGUGACUGUUAGGCAUCUGUACACUGCGACUUGCCUUUGCGUAUUGGUACCUGCUUUAGGCUAUCUAGACUUCUUCCUAUUUAUAUUCAAACUGACUGCAUGAACAUAGGCUCUGGAAUAUUUCCAAGCAUCUUUAAAUCUUCCUCUUUUUUUUUUUUUUUUUUUCCUUUUUUGUAAUUUCAUGUUGAUUUAUUUAUUCAUUGUGUAGCCCCCGACCCCCCAACCCAAACCACUGGGGCUUGUGUCACAGAGAAACAGGCCCCAAAUCUCUGCUCUCUCAGCUUUAAGAAGUGUUAACUCCAACAGUGGUCUUUUUUUUUUUUUUUUUUUUUUUUUUUUUUUUUAAUCCUUGAUAGCCACAUUCAUGAAAGAGUAGCAUCUGUUUUUGUGUUUUUCUUUCUCCCAAUUUCUCCAUUUUCUUGCCAUUUUACCACUAAGUCUGUGGUCAACUUAAGCUACACUAAUAACAAGACUGACUUUUGCAUAGUUCUAUUUUUUACAGAAAAACAAAAUGAUACUCGCACAUUAUCUUGAUUUACGGGAGGGUUUUUUUUUUUUGCAGUGUUUUUUUUUUUCUUAUCAUUAACCCCCGUCAAUCCCCCACACAAGGCUGCACUCUCUGGUCAGUAUGUAAAUAUGUACCAUCAUGACUGUGCCAGUCAUAUUGUAUGUAGUUCCACCCAGUGAGAUACCAACUCUGUUUCAACACAUGCCGAUUGACGUGCAUUAUGGGCCACGUUGGCCAAUCGACCACCACAUCCGGAGGCUAAAAUAAUAUGUAAAGAGAGCGGUCGGCUUUCUCCCACCUCAAUGUGAAUUCCAUGGGUAUACAGCAGUAUUGUAGUAGUCUAGAUUGUUCAUCAGAAAAGGGUGUUUCACGAACACUGUAGCCAUCGCUGAAUGCUGACAUUAAAAGUGAUCGUCUGUGGAAAGUGUCUUAAGCCAUCUUCCAUGAUGCCCAACUAAGAUUAGUAACUACAGGUUCAAUAAGACCCUCGAUGUAGAUGUUAUUUUUUUCGCCCCUCCCUCUCCUAAUCAAAAAGUGUUUCACUUUCUAGCUAGUGGAUUGUAUCACAUUCAUUGUUUUUGUUUUACGGAGUUGUAUUGGUAGACUGCAAUGUGGACUGAAAAGCAUGGAAUUAGUGUGAGGUUAAACUCUGUGUAAAACAUGUGACUGUUGCAUGAUUUUAAACUUGCAAGGUGUGCCAACUGAUGGAGAAUCUGAAGAUGAUUUACUCCUUUUUUUGGGGGGUGGUCCUACGAGAAAGCAAGAUGGAUAUAUAACCCCUUAAUUGGACGAAUACUCAAUUUUUAUUCAAUUCAGUUUUUAUGAUUUUCACCCUGCUUCUAAAGUCCCGGGUCUUCAGUAUAUAAACCGAUAUAUUGCUGACUGUUUGAACUGGAAACUUGGUGUAGGAUAUGAAACGUGGUGUAGUUUAAACCCAAUGGGAUAAUGUGUUGUAAGCUGCUUGGUUGGACAUGGGCAUCUAGAUACAGAACUGCGUAAUUGUACAGAUGAAAAACACGUUUGUAUAAAAAACAUAUUUUUCUACUUCAUCAGAUCUCUACAUGCAUGUCAGCAAUAAACUUUGAUAUGGAAACAUUAAA